GUCAAAUCGUCCUUGUUACUGCUCUUUUAUUCUAAUAGCUCUGAGGGCCCACCCCCAUCUUUCUCUCUAUUUAUUUUUCUCAAAAUUUUUUGUUUUCAUUGACCAAACCCUAAAGCCCAAGCCCCUUCUCCCCCUCUCCCUGAUAAGCAAAAGAAAAAAAGAGAAUGAAACAUGGUGGGAUUAAGUGUAGUUUUGGAGAAUCAAAAGAGUAAUAUAAUUAGUAAGAACACGACACAAGUUAUUAGCAAAACAACUAUGUCAAUCAACAACAACAACACCAGAAGCAAAGUUUUUUCUUCCUCUUCUCAGUUAAACUACGCAGUUCCUGCUUUUCUUGAACAAUGCGUUCUUUGCAAACGGAAACUCUUACCUGGAAACGACAUCUACAUGUACAAAGGGGACAAGGCUUUUUGUAGCGUGGAGUGUAGGUGCAGGCAAAUUUUCAUGGACGAAGAGGAGAGUUUAAGGAAAGAGAACUGUUCUAUGGCUGCCAUUAAACCUUCAACUUCUUCUUCUUCUUCUUCUUCUUCAGCUUCUUCAGCUUCUUCUUCAGCUUCUCGCCACCAACGCAAAACUGCAAGAAACCGAGCAGGUGGUUUUGCUUAUUGAGAAGAAAAACGAGCAGCCCAGAACUCAAAUUCGGUUUUUCAUUUAGUUUUUGUUUUGUUUCAACUGUGUUUUCUAAUUUACCCUUGGCUAAUUUUGUAAUGGCAAUCUCAUCGUCUGUCAUUUUGCUUCCUAGAAUAAAGCCAAAAGGGCUUUUUCAAUUAUUUUUCCUCACCAACGAGAGGUUGGUUCAAUUAGUACCAUUGUUUUGUUUUG